AUGAGCAGGAGGUGGAUACAGAAUCCGAAUAGGUGCGCAGACGAAUACUUGGAUGGAAUCGAGGAUUUUAUUGACUUUGCACGGACACACAACCCAGGUGCAACUAGAAUCCGGUGUCCUUGUAGGAGGUGUAACAACAUGUUGUGGGAGAAAAUUGAAAAUGUUCGAUUUCAUUUAGUAAGGAAUGGAAUGAUUGAGACAUACAUCACUUGGAACCAUUACGGGGAACAAUUAGACAUUGCUUCGUCUUCAAGGGCCACAAGAGUGGACAAUGUUGAGCCUAUUGUAGAUCCUAAUUUACAAGUCAUGGAUAUUAUAAAUGAUGUUUUUCCAUUUGCAUCGACCAGCAGCAAUCAGGAAGGGGAAAAUGACGUGCCUACACCAAUGGACAGUGCAGAGUUCAAACAGUAUGAAAAACUGUUAAGAAAUGCCAACCAAGAGUUAUACCCAGGGUGCGAGAGCUUUUCCGUUCUAACGGCGAUUGUGAAGCUAAUGUACGGAAAAAUAAAGUAUUGUAUGUCGAACUUGUGUUUCGAUUACUUUUUUGGGGUUCUCAAGAGAAUGCUUCCGAUGAACAAUUAUUUGCCGAAAGAUCACAGACAGGCGCAGAAGAUGUUGAGUUGUCUUGGAUUGGGUUAUGAAAAAAUCCACGAUUGCAAAAAUAAUUGCAUGUUAUUCUACAAAGAGUAUGAAACAUUGGAUACAUGCCCUAUAUGCAAUGAGUCGAGAUUCAAACAGACCUCUCAGAAUAGAAUAACUAAGAUUCCACAAAAAGUCAUGCGUUAUCUGCCCCUAAAACCAAGGUUUCAGGGAUUGUAUACUGCCACAGACAUGAGAUGGCAUGAGAAAAAACGAGUAGACGACGAUGUGAUGCGGCAUCCUGUAGAUGGGGAGGCAUGGAAAGAGUUCGAUCGAACGUUCCCCGAGUUUGCUGUUGAUCCCCAAAAUGUUAGGUUAGGACUUGCCACUGACGGAUUCAAUCCGUACCGGGUUCUAAAUCAACACCAUAGCACUUGGCCGAUUUUCAUAUUGCCAUAUAAUUUGCCGCCUAGGAAAUGCAUGAAAAAAGAGUACAUGAUGAUGACUGUUUUGAUAACUGAGGAUCCUGGCAGUGUGCGCACGUACGAUAAAUUCACUGGGAAGAUGUUCACUUUGCUAGCAGCAGUUAUGUGGACUGUGAAUGAUUUUCCCGCAUAUGCAAUGGUUUCCGGGUGGAGCACAAAGGGUUAUAUGGCAUGCCCUGUAUGCAAGGAAGAUGUAACUUCUGGUUGGCACGCUGGAAAAGUUUGUUACCUUGGGCAUCGAAGAUGGUUGCCAUGGGACCACGAGUGGCGGGAAAAGGAUAAAGAGUUUGACUGGAACAAAGAGCGUCGCGCAAGACCUAGAGAAUCGUCCGGUGAUUAG